AUGGACAAGUGGGGCGAGCAGCUGGAGCAGAUGCUGCAGAUGUGCGUCGUGCUGGUCCCCGUGCAGGAAGACGACGACGACAAAGCAGGAUUUUGGAGCCAGGCUGUUUACUCCCUCAGCGACCUGUUUAACUUGUAUCGAACGGUGGUGCUACGCAGCCCGGAAGAGAUUCCGGUUUGUGACAAACAGAAUGGAGGUGUUGUCAGUGUGUCGCAACCUCCCUCGAAGGAGCUUCGUCACGCACGUCUCACAUACAUGCUCGCUGCCUUUGCGCUACGUGCCAUUCGGUCUAUUCAGGUGCUAAUUGAGAUGGAUGCGUUUCGAAGAAGAGGCUCCAAGGAGGCUCUGAAGGUCUGCACCAGGAUCGAAAUAGUGAAGCUGGUGUUGAAAGUCUUCCUCAGAAUGCGAAUGCCCUUCAGUUUCUAUGUGGACGAGGUGGCUAUUGAGGAUGCAGAGCCACCAAAACUCCUGGAACAGCGAAAUGCUGCCUUGCUUGGCAAGCGGGAUCAGCAGACUUCCUCGGAGGCCACACCUUCUGAAGCAACAGCCCAGACGGCUUACGUGGGGCGGCGAACAGGCCGCUCUCUCAAGGCCUUGGAGGCUCAAAGUUCCAAUGGCGAUGUCGAGCAACAGCCAACAGCUGCUCCCCCUGCGCGUGUUGCUGCUGGGCUGCGGGAGGACCGCAGUCCAAUCACCUCGCAAAUUGUUUUGGCAGAGGUUUUGUAUCAUAGUCGCCCACUGCUUCAUCUGGCAAUGCUUCGUCGAAGAGGGCGAAAAUCUUGGGCUGCCUGGCUCGUGGCUGUCCUUCUAGACCGGAUCUCUGCUGGCUUGCUGGCACAAGAGCUUCGUCCCAACAGUGGCACCAGGGCAGCUGCCUUGGAGACGGCCGAGGUGCGGCGCCGACAGAACCAAGUCUGGUGGGCAUUGCUCAGGUCGCCAAUGUUUGACAAGCUGCUUCGCCGCCCAAGCGAGACUUUGGAUUGGAUCCUCAAGAAGAUUCCGGUGAUCAACAUGUUCAACAUUGUUGAGCUAGCUCUUGUUCUACAACCUUUCUACUUCAGCACCUCAGGUUCCUGA